GAGCAGACAAGGACCGAUCGAGCAGCCGCCCUCCCCUCCCCUUCCUGCCCGGCUGCACCUGCCGCAAGACUCAGCGAGCAGCGAGCAGCGAGCAGCAGGCCGCAGCAGCCGAGCCCCCUCGACCUCGAGCCUCGCCUCCCAGGCUCCCACUCCACCACCGCUUCAGAUUUCAGAGGCGACAGGCAAGAGGGGGAGACACCCAAACCCAGGCGGCGAGGCCACCGCUCGCCGCCUUAGCCUCUCCCCCACUUGAGAAGAAGGCGGAGCGGAGAUCCGCCGCCCGCAGGAGUCCCCACCGCUUCCUCCUCUUCCCGGUUAUACAAUAUUCAAUCAGAGCUGUUGGUCGCUUGGUCCAUAUGUGUUGCCACUGUUCUUAAAAUUCCAUAGUUACUUGGAGAUCAGAUGCGUCAAACAUGCACGCCAAAGGGGCUUCUUCAGAUGCCAUCAGAGUUAGCACGUCUAGUGCCCCUAGCACAUCAAGCCAUGGUUCUGCACAAGAUGACUAUGAUUCCUCAGGCGACGUAUACGUGUGGGGUGAAGUCAUUUGCGACAACACUGUAAGAGUUGGUUCUGACAGAGUAGUCAGGUCAGCUGGGAAGGCUGAUGUUCUUCUGCCGAAGCCCUUGGAGUCCAAGUUAGUUCUUGACGUCUAUCAUGUGGAUUGUGGAGUCAAGCACGCUGCUCUGGUCACUAAAAAUGGGGAAGUGUUUACAUGGGGCGAGGAAUCUGGAGGACGUCUUGGCCAUGGAUCAAGGGAAGACUCUCUUCACCCUCAUCUGGUUGAGUCCUUAGCAAUUUGCAAUGUGGACAUCGUUGCCUGCGGGGAGUUCCACACUUGUGCUGUCACAACAGCUGGCGAACUGUACACCUGGGGUGAUGGAACACAUAAUAUUGGACUUCUAGGCAAUGGUACUGAUGUAAGCCACUGGAUUCCAAAAAGAAUUUCAGGAGCACUUGAGGGUCUUCAAGUUGCCUAUGUUUCUUGUGGGACCUGGCAUACUGCCUUGAUUACAUCAAGAGGUCAGCUAUUUACCUUCGGUGAUGGUACAUUUGGAGUCUUAGGACAUGGAAACCGUGAGAGUAUAUCAUGUCCAAUGGAGGUAGAGUCUUUAUCGGGGUUAAAAACAAUUGCUGUUGCAUGUGGUGUAUGGCACACUGCAGCUGUUGUAGAAGUUAUAGUGACCCAAUCCAGUUCAAGUAUAUCUUCUGGAAAGCUUUUCACAUGGGGAGAUGGUGACAAACAUCGGCUUGGUCAUGGUGACAAGGAACCAAGGCUUAAGCCUACUUGUGUGGCUUCACUUAUCGAUUAUGAUUUCUACAGGAUAGCAUGUGGUCAUAGUCUUACUGUAGGCCUGACAACAUCUGGACAAGUUUUGAGCAUGGGUAAUACUGUUUAUGGCCAGCUUGGGAAUCCCCGCUCAGAUGGUAAACUUCCAUGCUUAGUUGAAGAUAUUAUGAGUGAACAUGUUGUCCAAGUUGCCUGUGGUUCCUACCAUGUUGCAGUGUUAACAAAUAAGAGUGAAGUUUAUACAUGGGGGAAAGGGGCCAAUGGAAGAUUGGGCCAUGGAGAUAUCGAGGACAGGAAAAUACCUACACUCGUUGAGGCAUUGAGAGACAGGGCUGUUAGGCACAUAGCUUGUGGUUCAAACUUCACUGCAGCUAUAUGCCAGCAUAAGUGGGUCUCAGGAUCUGAGCAGUCACAAUGCGCCUCAUGUCGGCAACCGUUUGGAUUCACCCGAAAGAGGCACAAUUGCCAUAACUGUGGGCUUGUCCAUUGUAAUGCCUGCACCUCACGUAAAGCUCUGAGAGCAGCACUGGCUCCUAAUCCUGCGAAACCUUACCGUGUUUGCGAUUCCUGUUUCACGAAACUGAACAGUGCGGCAUAUUCCAGUACAAUUAAUCAAAAUAAGAGGAAAGAGGCUGUGCCUCGCCACUCUGGUGAAAGCAACCCUGAUACUAAAUCGGCAAAAGCAAUUGUACCCAGCAAUUUGGAUAUGAUUAGAAGUUUGGAUAGCAAGGCAGCAAAACAAGGGAAGAAAACUGAUGCACUGUCAUUUCUUCGGAAUCCUCAAAUGACUUCACUUCUUCAGCUAAGAGAUAUUGCUUUAUCUGGUGGAAUUGAUCUGAACAAAUCAGUUCCAAGAGCAGUUCGUACAUCAGCAGUUCGAUCGUUGAACUCGUCGAGGGCUGUUUCCCCCUUCUCUCGCAAGCCUAGCCCACCACGUUCAACCACACCAGUCCCAACAACUCAUGGCCUUUCUAUCGCUAAAACUGCUGCUGAUAGUCUCGCAAAGACUAAUGAGAUGUUAAAUCAAGAGGUUGAAAGACUCCGUGCACAGGUUGAUAAUCUGAGGCACCGCUGUGAGCUUCAAGAACUUGAGUUGCAGAAAUCAGCAAAGAAAGUACAAGAGGCCAUGACACUGGUUUCAGAGGAAUCUGCAAAGUCUAAAGCUGCUAAGGAAGUGAUAAAGUCCCUAACAGGACAGCUCAAGGAUAUGGCUGAGAGACUACCACCAGAUCAGGGAGCCUAUGAUGGUAGUGAAGCAAAACAAGCACAUGUUCCUAAUGGCAUUGAGAUGUAUGCUUCUAUCUACACUAGCAUGAAUGGUAUUCAUCAGCCACGAAAUGAGUCUGUCAGUGCUGUCAGCACACCUAGCCUGAACAUGGGACGAGCAUUGCACACAAAUGGAAUCUCAAGUCAUCAUAAACCACCUGGAAGUAUUAGUGAAAAUAGUGAAGUGAGUGCUCACAGCCUUCGGGUUUCAGGUCCUCCUGAUGUUGAAAAUUUGAAUCGAAGAGGACAUAGCAGUAGCGAUGAGAUGCUGAGCGCAAGCAGUAGAGCAGAUGAUAGUAGCAGCAAGGAUGCUAGGUCCCUUUUAAAUGGGGAGGAUGGUUACAAAUCUCGAAGUGCGGUAUCAAUUCCCAGCAACCAAGUUCAGGCUGAGUGGAUUGAGCAGUAUGAACCUGGUGUAUACAUAACACUGACAACUCUUCGUGAUGGGACCCGAGAUCUAAAGCGCGUACGCUUCAGUCGAAGGCGGUUUGGGGAGCAUCAAGCAGAGAGCUGGUGGAAUGAGAACCGCGACAAGGUGUACGAGAAGUACAAUGUAAGGAGCUCUGAGCGAGUGUCGUCGGCAUCAUCAAUCCGGUCUGCUCGAUGAUCCAAUACUGCCUGGCAGUUGGAGGGAAACAUGAAGAGGAGGCGCCAAAGCCAUAGUGCAAAUGUGGCGAGGCCUUGAGAAUUCUUUUUUUGCCCGUGUAAUGUCGAUAAUUCUUGACACUAUUGUUUUGAAAAUUUUCCGAGUCAUAUUAUCCGUCCAAGGGCUGGUAGCUAGCCCGGUUCCGAUGUAAUGCACAUAGAGCCGUGGAACGCCGAAACAGGUAGUAUGGGGGGCCAGAGCCGCCAGAGGGUGGGACAGCCCUUCUGGCCUUUUGUUGUAUUGUAGCCAAUGCAGGUGUAAAGAAGUUUUUUCUUUUUCUUUUUCUUUUGAAUUAUAUGUGUUUGCAUGUGUACAUACUACUUA